GAAGUGCUCUCGACCAGCCCUGGUGCCAUCAUAACAAUAAUAAUACUACUACUAAUCAAUCAACCUGUCAGUUCUGUCCCCCGGUUUUCUUUCCCGGAAAUUCCCUCCUCCCGGCGGGGUUCCCCGUUUUUAGCCGUUCGGGCAGCCCACCACCACUGUACCCCUGCAUUACUCCCUCCUUUCCUCCUAGAAUCUCCAGGCUCAAUGGCGCUAGAGCAAGCCUGUCAUGAUCCCCAAGUACGAUGGAGAUACUUGCUUGCCCGGAAGAAUGCCGUUCCCCAAUCAUUCCCCCCCAUGGACCAUGCGUUCCAACCCAACUAACAGGGACACGCAGUCUCGUGACCGGCGCAUCCGGCCCACGGCAUCAUCAUGCCUGCCGUCCAUGGGGAUUUAAUGACCACCGUGAUUCCCACUAGUAAUGAGUUGCCUCCAGAUAUCGUGCCGCGCCAGGUUACGCUCAGGGAUCGGGUCACGGUCGCGACCUUGGUCCCUUUCACUUCAGCGGAUGCAGUGCCGCGAUCCCUGCUGGCCUAUCUGUCCGAUCAAUUGAACAAGGAGAUCGAGGGUGGUGAUACCUAUGCCAUGAUCGACCCAAUCCCUCUGGAGCAGUUUGGGUCGUAUUGGUUUUCCAACUUCGGCGCCAUCAUGCUCCUGGGGGAUAUUAAGAGCGUGCACGAGCUCCAGGCCCUGGGCAGGGGCCGGGCCAACUGGUCCAAGAUCUGUCUGGGCAGCUUUAAUAUCCGACCCAAUUAUCCCGGCCGUAGUAGUCAUGUCUGCAACGGCAUGUUUCUGGUCACUGACGCUGCUCGCAAUAAGGGUGUGGGUCGACUGAUGGGGGAGGGAUAUCUCGAGUGGGCUCCCAAGAUGGGGUACACAUAUGCGGUCUUUAACCUGGUCUAUGAGAGUAACGUGGCAUCCUGCCGUCUGUGGGAUGCUCUAGGCUUCAAGCGGAUCGGCCGGGUGCCGGGAGGGGGUAGACUCAUUUCUAACCCUGGGCAGUACGUAGAUGCCAUCAUCUACGGCCGAGAUCUUGGCCCGGAAGGAGAAGAUUCCGUCACGCAAGAUCGCUUCGACAAGAUCCGGUAUUAUCUGAAGCAUUCCAAAUAUCCUAGGGGGGCAGACCGGGCCGAGAAGAGUCGGCUUCGGAGUGCAGCCACCCAUUACAAGCUAAUCAGUGGGAAAGAGGGCGAUGGCGAGAAGCUGAUGCUGAAAGACAAGGAAGUCGUGUCGGAUCCGCAGCAGCAGUAUGAUAUUGCUCGGCAGAUGCACAUGCAGCAGCAUGCAGGCAUCAACAAGACGACGGCGGCCAUUGCCGUCAAAUACCACUGGGUGAGAAUCAAGGAAACGGUCAGUCGGGUGAUCCGGGACUGUCCCCAGUGUAAAGAGACUCUUAAGCCCCCCAUCAUCAACGGGAUCAUGAACGAGGACACGCCCGACGAGGAUGAGGAUGAACUGGGGACACAGGAGGUCGACCUCCCGGAGGACGAUGCCGACCUGGGCCCCGGCGACCCUAUGGGGGGGCAUACGCUGAUGAACCACACGGCCAUGGAUGCUCACCAUAACUCCAACCCAUUUGUGACCGCCCACUCGGUGGUGCAAGGACCGGUAGACUCGAUUGCGGACUAUACGGGCUUGCCCCUUGACCCGCAGAUCAUCGAAAUUCAUCAACAACUUCCCCGCUUCCAUUCACAUGACCCGAUAAGCGAAGCAUAUGCCCACGCUGCGCACAGCUUACACGCCUCCAACUUUGAUAAUGACGUCCGACAUCAUUCGGCCCAUGAUUACCAUAUGAUGGUCGAUGAUCCCACCGAUCCCGAUUCGGCCUCAGCCCUGCAUCAAGAAGCGCUGGGACUGGUACAUUCCCAAGCCCACGAUGUCCACCACGAGCAGAUUCUGAAGUAUCAGUACGUGGGGCAGCCAGAUGAUGACCUGGAUUUUGCGUGAAUGUCUCUGUUAUCUUAUUUUUCACGGUUAUUACUUCUGUUCACUCUCCUCGGGGGGCCUUCUCGGUGAUGCGUGGGUUGCACUUUCUGUGGGCGUUAUGGGAUGGGGAGGCUUUGCAUGAUUACCAGAUGAGCCAGAUUCAUAUUGCAGGCGAUGAAGCACAUCUAGAUAGACCGGUGGAAUUAUUACAACGACGACCCCGGGCGGGUUCCGAC